AUGGUGGCUGAUCAUGGGGCUGUGAACGUGGAAGAAGUCCAUGUGGAUGGUGAUGGGUCCGAUGACUUGGCUUGUGAGAUGGAGGGUCAUAUGGCGAAUUUUGGAGUUACUCAGCGACUGAUGGGGCUGUUCAGUAAUCGUAUUUGGCUAGCAUGGGAUGAUAAUUAUGUGGAUGUUGAUGUGCUUGCGUUGGGUCCUCAGUUUAUCCAUGCACGAGUUAGAAUUGCGCAUGAGCCUCUGAUUAUUACUGUCAUUUAUGGUGCUAAUGAGGUGGCUGAGAGGAGGGAACUAUGGGAGUCCUUGGAAUGUUUUGCCCCCCUUUUGGCUAACAUUCCAUGGAUGGUUGGUGGGGAUUUUAAUGCGAUAAGGGACCUCACUGAGGGUGAAUGGUUCACUUGGCACAAUUGUAGUGCAAGUCCACGCAAUCUAUGGAAGAGGUUGGACCGGAUUCUCACUAAUGGUACUUGGAUGAGGAGAUACCCGACUCUAUUCUACACGUGUCUUGCCCCUCGGACUUCAGAUCACUCACCUAUGCACGAGGUAGUUGGAAUUCCCAUGUAUGCGAUCACCCGAAAAUUGAAAGCUUUGAAACCUGUAUUUCGAGAACAAAGAAAGAAUAAGAGAGAUCUUUCGCAUAACGUCCAAUUAGCAAAAGGGUUCCUUGAUAUGACUAUGCUACAACAAAGGGCUAAGAUGCAAUGGAUGAAGGGAGGUGAUCAGUGCCCACGAAUCUUCUUUCGGAAGAUAGCACAAAGACGGGCUGCGAGAAAGAUCCUUCAGAUUAAUGAUCCUCAUGGUACUACCCUCACCGAGCCGGAUGCAAUGGCACAUGAAUUUGUCACAUUCUUUCAGUCUUUGUUGGGAGGUAAUCGGCGACAGGAUGUUAUUGACCUCCGGCACUUGCGCCUGUGGGCAUGGCACUUAUUAGAUGAGGAGGAGGCCUGCAUCUUACUAGGCCAUUCACUGCAGAGGAUGUGA